AUUUGAAAAAACCCGCUUUCAAAACAUUUUUGGUGGCAACCCUGUAGUGUUGCCACUCAAACAAAUUUAGCUGCUUGAGAGACCCUGCAAUGUUGUUAAAUUGGCGCGAAAAACUGGUAAACUUUGAGUGCUUGCUGCUUUGUGUGAAAAAAAAGUUUUAAAAAUCUAAAAAUGGAAAUUCCUUGCGAAGGUAAUUAUUAAUGCAAAUUAGCUUAAACAUUUGUUGUUAUAUGUCUUGUUGUCCAACUGUGAACUGUUUUAUAUGUGUAUCUUUAUAGAUUUGAACUAACAAUUGUGUUUGUGUUUUGUGGAGAAUAACUUAUUAAUGGCACAGCCUUGCAAAAGAGUAAGAACGAGAAAUUAACUACAAAAGUGUCCUUGUUAUCAUACAAUUAACCAUUUUUGCUCCUUUUUGCUCCUUUUUGGUAAACUUGCGUUUAUCCAGGCACAUAUGUGUUUGGUCACGGGGCUCUUCUUGCAAUUUGGGAAGGCAACAAACGCUCGCGAGAAGCCUUGGAGACUUACAUAUUCGACAAAUUGAAUGACGAUCAUCAAAUCGAAACAAUAAACCAAAAAAUAUCAAAUAAAAUUACUAACUUUAUUAAUUACAUUAAUAAACAUUUGCCACGAUGCUGCCGAAACAUAAAGCGAUUUAGACAAAAACACGCCAUGUGGCUAGCCGGCACUAUGACUAUACGACUUUUUGAUAUAAAUGAAUCCCCACAGAAGAAAGGUGGUCGUCCGAAAUUGACAUAUGAAGCUGCUGGUAAACGACUCAAAAUAAAGCUGGCAUCUGAACUUGCGAUAGAAAAUCAAAAUUCAACCCCUUUGUUACUACACGCUGCUAACAUUUCUGAAAGAAAAUCAACUGAAAAUGAAGUUAUAAAAAAAUCUGAUAGAACUGGAUUGCUGGCUCCGAGUCCAAUUACUCCUGAAAAGGCAUUCGCUUUUUUUAUGGAAAAUGGGUUUACUAAGCAGCAAUACAUAAAUGUAAAACAACUUAGUAAACAACAUGGCUGCGACAUUUACCCCUCUUAUUCGAAAAUAGCCGAGGAGAAAUUAAAAUGUAGACCUGCUGGAAUAGAAUGCACCGAAAAUGAAGCAAAAGUUUCCGUGCAAAACUUAUUGAACCAUACCGCUUCAAGAAUAUUAAUUAUGCAAAAGGAAGUUUGUGAAAUACUUUCAGAUGUUACUCAGUGUACUCUUAUUUUUAGCUAUGGGUUUGAUGGGUCUACUGGUCACAGUUUAUACAAACAAAAAUUAAGCAUCGCAGAGUCUCAAUCUUUAGAUGAUUCUCUAUUUGUUAAAUCAAUUAUUCCCAUAAAAAUGAUAGAUCAAAAACAAAGAGUCAUUUGGUUAAAUAAAUCGCCUCAGUCCAUACGAUUUUGCCGUCCUCUAAAAAUAGCAUACUCAAAGGAAACAACGUCUCUUAUAUUAGAAGAAAAAGAAAACUUGGACAAUCAGAUUAAAAACCUGGAUUUAUACGUGCAUGCUUUUCAAUCGAAUGCAAUUUUUGUAAAAUUCGAUGGGCACCUAACACUUAUAGACGGCAAGGUCUUAAAUAUAUUAACAGGAACAAAUUCCUGCCAGUCGUGUCCAAUGUGUGGGGCAAAGCCCACCCAGCUUCUUACUACAAGUGAUUUUUAUUCCAAAAUAUUUGUUAUGAAGCCACAUACGGAUCAGUAUGGAUUAAGUUCCCUUCAUGCAUGGAUUCGCUUUUUUGAAUUCUUGCUUAAAAUAUCAUACAGAAUUGAGCUUAGAAAGUGGCAUGUUAAGGGAAAUGACAAAAUCGAAUUGGAGGCACGAAAAUAUAAAGUUCAAGCAGCGUUUUGGAAAGAUAUGGGGCUUCAUGUGGACAAGCCGAGACAAAAUGGCAGUGGCAAUACAAAUGACGGAAAUACGGCGAGGCGGGCAUUCUCCAACCCAAAAUUAUUGUCCUCUAUAUUAGGAAUAGAUCACAAUUUGAUUCAGCGCCUACAUGUAAUUUUGAUAGCCAUAAAUUGUCAUUACCCUAUAAAUUCAGAAAAGCUCAAAUUAUUCUGUUUUGAAACUUUUACUAUAUAUAGGAGCAAUUAUUUUUGGUACCCCAUGUCGCCAACAGUACAAAAAAUUUUAGUACAUGGAUACAUUAUCAUUGAAAAAUCAAUUGUUCCUGUUGGCUCCUUAGCAGAAAGUGCAUCAGAAGCAAGACACAAGCUUUUCAAGGCUGACCGGCAAAAUCAUGCCAGAAAAUGUAGCCGGAUUGACAAUAUGUCAGAUGUCUUUCACAGAGCUAUGGAUUCGUCUGAUCCUUUACUGUCUAGUUCUUGGUUCACAAAAACCAACAGGAUGCCUCUGCCAGCAGAGGUUGUCGAUCUUUUGGAUUCGCCAAUCAUAUCCCCAGGUGUUGGCCACAAAAACGGAAGUACAUCCCAAAACUCGUGCGCAGAAGACACAGAUGAAGAAAAUGGCAACGAUGAUGUAAGUGACACUUUUGAAAUCGAAUUAGAGGAAGAGGUACCAGACGAUAUUGAAAACUAAAACACAAGGAAAAGAUGUUCGUAAAAUUUAACAAUAGAUUCUAAAUACGUAACAGAUUUUAAUUUUAUUUUUCUAUAAUGUAAUACCAAAUGUGAUUCAAAUUAUAAUUUGUAAUAAUUUCUUAUAUAAAAGUGAAUUUUUAACCACUGAGCGGUACGCAAAUUAAAAAAAAACAAAAACCAAAAUUUUGUUUUAGUUAAAAUAAUACAACAAAAAAAGUUUUAAGUCAAUAUCUUAUAAACUAGAGUUUAUGCACCAAAAACGGGAUUUUUGCCCACAGUGCACUCGGGCGAAUCGGCAAUGAAGCGGCGACUACGAUCUAAGGUAUGGUGGCCCCAAAUUGACAGGGACACUGAGAAAUUUGUGAAGGAUUGUCUAGACUGAAUUUUAGUAUCCCAGGCAAUAAGUCCACCGCCAAUGAAGAGAACAGAGUUUCCAAAUGGUCCGUGGCUGUCAGUCGCUUCAAAUCUACUAGGGCCACUUCCCAAUAAUGAAUACAUAUUAGUUCUAAUAGACUAUUACUCUAGGUACAUGGAGUUUAAGUUUCUGCGCUCAAUAACAUCACAAUCAAUUAUUGAAGCAUGUAAGGACAUUUUUAGUAGACUGGGUUACCCAAAAGCGUUACGGACUGAUAAUGGUAGGCAGUACGUAAGCGGAGAAUUUCGGAACUAUUGCAAAUCAUGCGGCAUUGAGCAAAUCACACCACCUUAUUGGCCACAGGCAAACGGCGAAGUAGAAAAUAUGAAUAAAGCCCUAGUCAAGCGUCUUAAGAUAUCCCAUAUGCACAAAAAGGACCUUAAAGAUGAAGUACGAACUUUUGCACUCAUGUACAAUGUCACGCCUCAUUGGACGACAGGGACGCCUCCAACAGAAUUAAUGUUCAACCGAAUUAUCCGGGAUAAGAUCCCGGGUAUACAGGAUUUAGUAGGAGAGUUUGCCGAUUCAGCAGAAAAGGAUAGAGAUUGCAUAAAUAAAGAGAAAGGUAGGGAAAUGGCAGACAAAAGAAGGGGAGCAAAGGAAGUAAACGUAAACGUUGGAGACAAAGUGGUCCUUAAGAAUGUAGUUUUUCCACACAAACUAACACCUAACUUCGACACCACGGAAUAUGAGGUGGUGAAAAGGACAGGUGGUCUAGUACAGGUAGUAGGGGAAGGCAGAACGCUGAUGAGGAACGUUAGUCACCUUAAGAAGGUUCCCAGUUCCCAAAGCAAAAGAAUCACCCGAGGACAUCGAUACGGACUCCGUGACUGAUCCUGCUGCGGAUCAAGUUUCAGUUUCAGUACCAACCAAGCAACAAACCCCUGGAAGGAAGGACGAAUCUAACCCGGAGGGAUUAAAACUGAAGCUCGUGAGGAAGGAAGUGA